AUGAUGGAGGAGAAGAAGCAGUUUCUUUGUGGGGUGGUGGAAGGUUUCUACGGGAGGCCAUGGUCUAUGGAUCAGAGGAAAGUUCUCUUCCAAUGGAUGCAGCGUUGGGGCUUGAACACCUACCUGUAUGGUCCAAAAGACGACCUGAAACACAGGCUGUUGUGGAGAGAAGUCUACUCUCCCGAAGAGGAGGGUCAGUUGCGCACUCUGAUAAUGGAGGCCAAGUCGAGGGGCUUGAAGUUUGUUUACGCCCUCUCUCCUGGUCAGGACAUCGUCUUCUCCUCUUCCUGUGACCUGACACUACUCAAACGCAAGCUGAGACAGGUAUCAGAUCUUGGUUGUCAGGCUUUUGCCAUUCUGUUUGACGACAUUGAUCACUCCAUGUGUCAGGCCGACAGCGAGGCCUUUUCUUCAUUCGCCCAUGCUCAGGUCACUGUAACAAAUGAGAUGUACCGGUUCUUAGGGGAACCGCCUGUCUUCCUCUUCUGUCCAACAGAGUACUGUGGUUCUCUGUGCUCUCCCAGCGUAUCUAAGUCUCCCUACUUGCAGACCGUUGGAGAGGAUCUGCUGCCCAACAUCACAGUAAUAUGGACAGGCAGUAAGGUCAUCUCCAGGAAGCUGUCUGUGGACUGCCUGGCUGAGGUGGAGUCUGUCCUCCAGCGGCCUCCAAUCAUUUGGGAUAACCUUCACGCCAAUGACUACGACUCCAGGCGUCUCUUCCUGGGUCCUUUUAAAGGCAGAGAGCCUCAGCUGAGGAACCACCUGAGGGGCCUCCUGCUCAACCCCAACUGCGAGUUUGAAGCCAACUACAUCCCACUGCAUACACUGGGAAGCUGGAACAGAGCUGAAAAAGAGGAGAGGAAAGAUGAAGAGUGUGAGUACUGUCCUGAUAGAGCUCUGUCUGCUGCACUACAUGACUGGAUGGAAGAGCUCAACCAACCGCUACAAGCAGGUCGUGCAAGUGCACGAGCAGAUCAGCGCUCUACUGCCCCGACGUCUCACUGCAAAACCCCUGAUAGAUCCGACUGCUCUUCCACCUUCAGAGGGACCUCUACCGUGGCCAAACUCCCCGUCUUCCCCCUUAACUCCAGCUCACCCCCUUCCUCACCCACUAAGGUCAAAGGGGAAGGGGAGGGACGAGAGGGGGAGAAGAAGAGGCCAAAUCAGCCCUGUCAACCCAACCACCCAACUCCAGGAUCCAGACCUGGAGCACCCUCAGUUGCAGGCCGGGGACAGAAGGCUCAGGGUCGGGGGCAGUGUGGUGGUAAGGGCCCACUAAGUGAGUCCCAGGUGCGGCUACUGGUUGGUCUUCAUUAUCUUCCCCAUGAGCAUGGCCCUUCAGCCCAGAAACUCUUGCAGGAUCUGACCUGGCUGAAAUCAAACUGCCACGUGGUCAGCGCUAAUAACAAGAAGGCCCUGCCUCAGAAGGUUGAUGAGUGGCGUGGCCGGGCCUCCAGGUUCCUGUCCCUGUGUGAAGAUAUAGCACAGCUCCAUUGCAGUGUGGUGGGUGGUGCCAACAGGGCAGUGCUGUAUGACCUUUACCCUUAUGUGUGGGACCUAAGGAACACAGCGCUAGUUGCAAAAGCUUUCAUAUGCUGGCUCGAGGGACGAAUUUUGAGUGACAGCUCCACCUUGGGCUCUUGGAGGAAUUGCUUCCAUUGGUGUGGGAAGACCACAGGGGCGGACCUACUCGGAGUAGAGUCAGAGCCAUGGGUGUUCAAAGGGGGCGUGUCUGGGGAGGUGCAGAUGCUUCUCCCAAUAGGCAGUAGCAGUGAACUCUUCACCCAUCCUCCUCCUCUCUUCCCUACCUCGCGUCUCUACAACAUCAGGCCCUACCACAACAAGGACAAGGUGGAGUUGUAUCGGAUGGUACGCCAACUUCACCUGAGGACUCAGGGUGGUCAAGAGUCCACUAUUGCUCAUCCAGAUGUCAUAGGAGACAGAUGUCUGGGACCGUGCCUGGCAUUGUGUCCCGAGUACAGCUUCAUCCUGGAGGAUGAGCUGGGUGUGUGCGGUUGUGUAUUGGGCAUCUUGGAUGUUCGCGCUUUUGCCAAACGAUGCCAGGCCAGCUGGCUGCCUGCCAUGCGGGAUAAAUACCCACCCAAAGGGGGCAACACACAAUCCACCACACAAGACCUGAUCCAGUUGAUGGAGGAGGACCAGGGAGAGUACCCAGACUCGCUCAUCUAUCAUUUUCCCUCCCAGCUGCGACUGGAUGCCCUGCCUGAGCUGGUGGACAUCAGCGUCAGCCGCACUCUGCUCACCGCCCUCCUCACUGCACUCAAAGCCAACGGUUCUCAGGGUGUGUUCUGCGAGGUGCAGCCUACAGACCGUCAGAGGCUGGAGUUCUUGACAAAACUGGGCUUCCUUGAGAUCCUCAGAGGGGAAGCCAGGAGCAGAGAGGGCGUUGUACUGGGGAGGCUGCUCUAA